AGACUCUCCCCCUAGUUUGCCCUCAAACCAGUACAAAAUUCAAUGCACUCAUCUCUUGUUUUCCUCCCAAAACAGAAUUUCCCAUCUCAAAACCACUGCCAGAUGGAGGAGAAGGCUGCGAGGAAGAGGAAGAUGUCCCGGGACCACCAGACAAGGAGCUGAGGAUGGAGACCAGCGAUGACAAAUCUCCACAGCAGAACCUUGUGGAAGAGGCUGUUUUGAGUGGCUCCAUGGCACAGGAAUCCAGUGGGGAAGAAAAUUCCCUGAGAUCCUGCAGGAGGAGGGGCUCCAUAUCCAGCCCAGGGUGGUCUGAGGAAGAAAGACCCACCCUGUGCCAAGAAGGUGGACAGAGCUUCAGCCAGGGAUCGGAGUUGGUGAUCCAUGAGCAGCUUCGUGAUGGGGAGAAGCCCUACAAGUGCUUGGAGUGUGGGAAGAGCUUCAGGUGGAGCAGCCACCUGAUCAGCCACCAGAUGAUCCACACUGGGGAAUGGCCCUACGAGUGUGGGGAGUGUGGGAAGGGCUUCAGCUACAGAUCCACCCUUGUGACCCACCAACGCAUACACACCGGGGAGAGGCUCUAUGAAUGUCUUGAGUGUCAGAAGAGAUUUCAGACCCGCUACAAUCUCCUCAGGCACCAAAGGAUUCACACCAAUGAGAGGCCCUUCCUCUGCCCUGACUGCAGGAAGGGCUUCAAGCGCAAUUCUCAACUCAUCACCCACCGGCGCAUCCACACUGGGGAGAGGCCCUACGAGUGCCACACCUGUCAGAAGAGGUUUCAGACCAGCUCACAUCUCUGCCUGCAUGAGCAGAUUCACACAGAGGAGAGGCCCUUCCGCUGCCAUGACUGUGAGAAGGGCUUCAAGCAAAAUUCCACCCUCAUCAUCCACUGGCGCAUCCACACUGGGGAGAGGCCCUACGAGUGUCUCCAGUGUGGGAAGAGCUUCAUCCACAGUUCUAACUUAACCAGACACCAACAGAGGCACCAAGGGGAAAGACCCACCCUGUGCCAGGAAGGUGGACAGGGCUUCAGCCAGGGAUCAGAGCUGGUGGCCCAUGAGCAGCUUCCUGAUGGGGAGAAGCCCUACAAGUGCUUGGAGUGUGGGAAGAGCUUCAGGUGGAGCAGCCACCUGAUCAGACACCAGAUGAUCCACACUGGAGAAUGGCCCUAUGAGUGUGGGGAGUGUGGGAAGGGCUUCAGCUACAGAUCCACCCUUGUGACCCACCAACGCAUCCACACCGGGGAGAGGCUCUAUGAAUGUCUUGAGUGUCAGAAGAGAUUUCAGACCCGCUACAAUCUCCUCAGGCACCAAAGGAUUCACACCGAUGAGAGGCCCUUCCUCUGCCCCGACUGCGGGAAGGGCUUCAAGCAGAAUUCCCACCUCGUCACCCACCAGAGCAUCCACACUGAUGAGAGGUCCUUCCUCUGCCCUGACUGCGGGAAGGGCUUCAAGCGCAAUUCUCAACUCAUCACCCACUGGCGCAUCCACACUGCGGAGAGGCCCUACGAGUGCCUCACCUGUCAGAAGAGGUUUCAGACCAGCUCACAUCUCUGCCUGCAUGAGCAGAUUCACACAGAGGAGAGGCCCUUCUGCUGCCAUGACUGUGGGAAGGGCUUCAAGCAAAACUCCACCCUCAUCAUCCACUGGCGCAUCCACACUGGGGAGAGGCCCUACAAGUGUCUCCAGUGUGGGAAGAGCUUCACCCACAGUUCUAACUUAACCAGACACCAACAGAGGCACCAGUAG